UCUUACCUUAGCUCCACGUGCCAGCAAGGUCUCGGCGAAGGCUCUACCCAGGCCCCUGGCAGCCCCUGUAAUGAUGGCGACACUGCCCUUGAUCUCCAUGCCCUCGCUUCUAUCUGUCCUGCUGGGGAGAGGGCAAGUACAGGCAUCCUGUGUAAUGUAAACCGAAAUCGAAGUCAAGGAGACGCUUCGAACCCCAGAUAAAUUCAUAUUGCUGGCACACUGGGGUUACCCUGCCGUCAAAAUGAGUGGGCCGCCGGAAUUAAAGGUUGGAUUUGGCAAGGACAAGUGGCGAAGGAUGAAGAGCACGUCUGAGGAUGCCUCCAAGAGUGAUGAGGAUAUUAUCAGAGCGGUGCUAGCCAAGUUCCACGUGCCCAAGAAGGUGGUGGUGCCGAGCCCUUAUGUGCCGCCGCUGGAGCAGGAGUUGUUUGAACACAGUGGACGCUCCGUUCGGCAGCUCCACCAGGAACUUGUGAGAAGUGGCAAGGAACCCCUAGCAGUGUCCCGAGUGAGAAGAGGGCCCCAAGGCAUCCAGAAGCCCACAGAGCAGCUUGGGCCACCCCGCCGCAGCCGCAUAUCAGGCCCCAGUACUCAGCCCCUUACUGCCAGAGAGUAUCUUUCCACUGCCCGCAGCACAGCCCGUGACAAGAACUUGGCCCGAGUAGCUGAGGUUGAGUCCCAGCGAUUACAAGAGGAGCUGCAGCAGGAGAGAGCUGUCAACACCCAACUGGAAACUCAGCUUAAGUAUCAUGAAGAGGCUCUUCAGGAAUUCCUUCAGCACCAUUACAGUGAAGUGACUGACACCAUGACAAGAGGAGAGUGUGCCAAGCAUAACAUGACUGAGGCGGAGAUACGGAUUGACUACUAUUCAGGCUUGCUAGCAGAGGCCAAGACAGUGAAGGAGGAGGAAGCGGAGAGGCUGCAGGUGCUGACAGCCUUCCAGCAAUUCCUAGCAGCUGUCACUCCUUCACAGUCUCUCAAAGACUUAAAGAGAAAAAUCCAUGAAAUCCAAGAAAGAGUGAAGGAGUCAUCAUCUUACAUAGAAGGAAAGCCAAUAGAGGGCUCUGAGUUAGCUGAACUUGCUCGAGCAGUUACUGUGGCAACAACUGGUACUCAAGCUGUCUCACCAAGAGGUGAGGGAGGUGGAGGGGGAACACUAGGGGCUGACCUGGCUCUCCUUCGCAUGCUGAGGACAGACACAUCCCAGAGCAGGUCGUCCUCUGGGCUGGGCAGCAAACAAACACCCAUGCAGGCCUCUGAGGCUUCAGAAGACAAGGUGGACGCUGUCCAAGAGGAUGAUGAGGCCUGUGACCACGAAGCUUUUGACCAGUUUUUGGGAGACGAUGAACAUUUGGUUGACCUGGCCAGCAUGUAUGAGUCCCAGUGCCAUGCUUUGCUCGGCCUUCUCACCAGGAUACAGAACCAAACAGAAGCUCUAAAUAAAGAAGUAGACAGUCGGCAGAAAAAACUGAACAGUCGCCUUCAGGAAAUUGAGCAGCUACAGGAAAAGGCUCGAGGGGGAGGCCACGAGGGGCAGCUGCAGGACCUCCAGACACUGAUAGGAGAGUGGCCGAGGCUCUCAGGUGAUGCCGAGGCUCAGGCGCAGCUGGACAAACUUGUGGCUCAGAUUGCUGAGGUGGUGAGUGACGUUUUUGGUUCCAGUAAGUAUUCCCCGUUGGUGCCACAGGCUGUCCCAGAAGUGCCUCCACUCAAGAAACUGUCGCCCCAGAACUCAGCAGCAAAAACUAAAGGAGGCGGAGGAGGAGGAGCUGCAACAGAAGGCAAGUCGAGCCCAGGCAAGGAGAGCCCAGUGGAGGAGGUUAUGAGUGAACCAACCGUUAGUGCUGGCAUGGGGCAGGAGGCUCUACUGGCAUUGCUGGAGGCCAGAGUUACAGACCUAUGUGCUCAACUAGACAACAUUGAUCCAGCACUCAGAGAUGCCAUUUUCUUGAAUUGUGAGCAGUCCCGACAAGCUCGGCUUAAAGAGGAGAAGCGACAGGAAACUGAAAUGCGGCGAGCCGAGAGAAAACAACGCCACCUGGAACGAGCCAUGGCUGAACCGCCUUCCAGACCACUGUAGGGUUGGCUGUCACUCAGAUUUUUUUGGCUUUAUGGUAAUUAGAUUACCAUGUAAAUUGUAAUUGUAAUUCACUUUUCUUUAGAACUGUUCUUGGCGUUGGCAUUGUAUUAUGAUAUCUACUAACCAGGUAUGUAAUUAUUUUGUAAUUCGUAUACAUACAUCAUUGUAGAUCCUGUUUCCUGUAGAGGCCAAAUAGGAAGUCAGAGAAGGCAGUCAUAAGAAAUGAAAAUGUAUGAAUUGAAGGUUUAUUAACUAUUGAUAAAGAAGUAAAACAUUGUAUGUAGU